AUGUCUGGUUACUCUCUUGGUGAUCGUUACACACAUCCCUCACAAUCCACUUGUCAUGCCUCCUCUGUUAACAGAUCCAAAAAAUAUCAUACCCUACAAAAACAAAAUCUUACAACUAAUGAGUUAGCUCCCAAGUGUUCAAAUGGUCGUGACCGCGUAACUAAUGUAGGUAAUUUUCAGGCCAAGACCGUCAAGAAACAAGGUGAUGGUAUAACAAAAAAGACCAAAAGUAUAACAGCAGGGACCGGUGUGUUUUUACCCUUGUAUUGUUCGAAGAUCCAUUAUACUACUGGUGAUGAUCUUAACAACAAUGGAGGUAGGAAGGAAGAAGAUAACCAACAACAGAGGGAUUAUGAUGAAGAGAUUCCUAUAGAAAAGCUUUUACCUUCAGAAUGGACCUAUUAAUCGUCACCCUAUCUUCUAUAUACAUAUCUUUUCUUUUC